AUGAGGAAGCAGCAGGGUUUAAGCGGCGGCGGCCAUGGCGUCGGCGACGGAGAUGGGGAGUGGGACAAAUGGGUGGACGACUCCUCCGUCGACCACCGCGGCCGCCCGCCCCUCCGCGCCGCCACCGGCUCAUGGAAGGCCGCCAUGUUCAUCAUCCUGAUCGAGUUCAGCGAGCGGCUGAGCUACUUCGGCAUCGCCACCAGCCUCAUGAUCUACCUCACCAAGGUGCUGCACCAGGACAUGAAGGUCGCCGCCGUGAACUCCCAGUACUGGAUGAGCGUCACCACCCUCAUGCCCCUCCUCGGCGGCUUCGUCGCCGACGCCUACCUUGGCCGCUUCCGCACCGUGCUCCUCUCCACCGUCGUCUACCUCCUCGGCCUCGUCCUGCUCGCGGUGGCGCAGCUGGCGCCGGGGCUGAGGCCGGGCGGUGUCUCCGUGCCGCGGGUUCACGAGACGCUCUUCUUCGUCGGGAUCUACCUCGUGUCCGUCGGCACCGGGGGGCACAAGCCGGCGCUCGAGAGCUUCGGCGCCGACCAGUUCGACGACGGCCACGCCGGCGAGCGGCUGCAGAAGAUGUCCUACUUCAACUGGUGGAACUGCGCGCUCUGCUCUGGGGUCCUGCUCGGGGUCACCGUCGUCGUCUAUAUCCAGGAGCGGAUCGGAUGGGGCGCCGCCACCGUGCUCCUCGCCGCCGUCAUGGGUUGCUCCCUCGUCGUCUACCUCGCGGGGUGGCGGACGUACCGGUACAGGGUGCCGCAGGGCAGUCCCCUCACGCCGUUGCUGCGGGUUGUCGUGGCCGCGGUCAUGAAGCGGCGCCUUCAGCUGCCAGCCGACGCCGGCCAGCUGUACGAGGAGGAUGACGGCAAGAAGAGGCUGCUCUCCCACACCGACCAGCUCCGGUUUCUCGACAAGGCGGCAAUCUUUGAGCAUGGUGGCGAGGUCUGGCGCGGGGCGUGGCGUCUGGCGACGGUGACGCAGGUGGAGGAGACGAAGCUGGUGGUGUCGAUGGUGCCCAUCUGGGUGGCCACGCUCCCGUUCGGCAUGGCGGCGGCGCAGGUGUCCACCUUCUUCAUCAAGCAGGGCAUGGCCAUGGACCGCCACCUGGGCCCACACUUCGUGCUCCCGCCGGCGUCCAUCUUCGCCCUGGCCGCCAUCGCCAUGAUCGCCACCGUGGCGCUCUUCGACAAGGUGCUCGAGCCGUGCCUGCGCCGCGCGACGGGCGCCGAGCGCGGGAUUAGCGUCCUCAGGCGCAUCGGCGUCGGCAUGGCGUUCGCCGUGGUGGCCAUGGCCGUGGCGGCCGUCGUCGAGCGGCGCCGCCUGGACUCCAAGGUCACCAUGUCGGUGUUCUGGCUGGUGCCACAGUUCGCGCUGAUGGGGGUCGGCGAUGGGUUCGCGCUGGUGGGCCUGCAGGAGUACUUCUACGACCAGAUGCCGGAGACGAUGCGCAGCCUCGGCAUCGGGCUGUACCUGAGCGUGAUCGGCGCCGGGAGCUUCCUGAGCAGUCAGCUGAUCGCGGCGGCGAGCCGCGUGAGCUCGCACGGCGGGCGGCGGGACGGGUGGUUCGGCAAGGACCUGAGCCGGAGCAGGCUGGACCUCUUCUACUGGCUGCUGGCCGCCAUCUCCGCCGCUAACCUGGGCUUCUACGUGCUCGUCGCCACCCGGUACUCGUACAAGCAGCAGACCGCGAAGGCCGGCAGGGUCGGCGUCGAGAAGGACGUUGCCGGCGUCAAUAGUCCGUACAAUCACAAGUGCGUAGCACAGGGGAGCGCUUUUGGUGUAUAA